GGGGGUGGGGUGUCCUGUUAACUUCCACAGGGGCUGGAUUCGAGGGUAGCGGGGACAGGCUCUUGCAGGAGGUCAACCCCCCCUCCCCCCAGCCGUUUGCUUCUCUGGGGGGUGGGAGACGCUGUGCCCCCCCCUUCCUCUGGAGAGAAGGGACUCCCUCCGCUACGAUGUAAGAAGUUAGGCAGUGUUGGGUCGAUGGAGGACUGUGAUAAACAGUGGCCAGAGGGCCCCGGCCCCCUUGAGGCACCAGGAGUCGGCGCUGCUGCCGGAUCUGUGGAAGAGUGCGCGGUUCUGUACUCUGAUACCGAGGACGAUCCGUCGCUCCUGACAGACAACGGUGGCGGCGCCCGGGCCCCUUUCCACUGCUCCGAGUGUGACAAGAGCUUCCGCUACCGCUCUGACCUGCGCCGCCAUUUUGCCCGGCAUACCGAACUGAAGCCUUUCCAGUGCCCUCACUGCAUCAAGAGCUUCAAGCAUUCCUUCAACCUGGUGAACCACAUCCGGAGCCACACGGGGGAGCGCCCCUACCGCUGCACCAUGUGCCCGAAAGGCUUCCGGGACUCCACCGGUCUUCUCCACCAUCAAGUGGUGCACACCGGGGAGAAGCCGUACUGUUGCCACGUCUGCGAGCUGCGCUUCUCCUCCCGCAGCAGCUUGGGCCGUCACCUCAAGCGGCAGCAUCGGGCGUCCCCCGCUGCCACGGCCCCUCAGCCCCCUACCCCGCGUUGCCUGGCCUGUGGCAAAGAGCAGAGCCCUCUGGGACACCUCUGCAGCGCCGGGCGAGGCCGGGCUGCCCCUUUCGGUUGCGGGGCCUGCGGGCGGCACUUCCAGUUGGCCUCGGAACUGCGACGCCAUUGGCUGGCUCAUACGGACAUCAAGCCCUUUAAAUGCCCGGAGUGUGAACGGGACUUUAAUGCCGCCUCCUUGUUGGAGCGCCACAAACUGACUCAUGCCAAGGACAGGCCACCCCCCUGCCCAGUCUGUGCUGGCAAAGUCCUGCAGAGCAACAAGGGGCUGGAGCUGGACAGCUUGGAAGAGGAGCAGAGAGAACGGGAGCCGGAGGGAGAGGCCCUGCAGCAUAGCCGAGGCUGCCCGAAUCGCCACUCGCCGGACACCCGGCCCCCGGAGACUUUGUACCAGUGCGAAUGUGGGACCUUUUUUGCCAACGGCAACACCCUCGCCGCUCAUUUGACCGCCCACGGGGGGGAGCCCUCCUUCACCUGUGGCAUCUGUGGCCAGCCCUUCGUGAAUUUACAGUCCCUGGAGGAGCACCAGCUCAGCCACGCCGUGGCCCCGACCCCCGGCUCAGGCAGCGAACUGGAGCGCCACCUCUUGCCCCAGCUGGACCUGCGGACGUUCCCGUCGCGGCCAGGCAAGAAACUCUACAAGUGCAGCGAGUGCGAGAAAUACUUCCGCAGCCCCCGGGAUCUGGACCGGCACGUCUUGGUGCACACCGGCGAGAAGCCCUAUCAGUGUACCGAGUGCGGCAAGUUCUUCCGACACGAGUGCUACCUGAAACGGCACCGGCUGUUACACAGCGGCGAACGGCCUUUCAAGUGCACCGUCUGCCACAAAGGCUUCAUCACUUUGAGCAACCUCUCGCGGCAUCUUAAGCUGCACCGUGGGAUUGACUAGCGGGGGGGCGGGGACUGGGAGCACACCUGCACACACAGCCCUCCGCCCCCCGCGCUGUUUUCCUCUACCUCCACCCCAGUGGCCGCCAGAGGCGACCCCUUCUGGAUACGCAACUCUUGCCUCGCGCGCCCAAAAACUACGCUCGCCUACCCUGUCUUCGUGGUCCGCUAGCGUAGGGUAGGGGACCUGUGAUGAAAAGAGAAGUCGAGAAGUGUUAUUUACUAGUAUUCUGUUCUGCGGCUGGUGAGGAUGUCUUCCGCACACUCGAGAACGGUUGAGUUUUUGGGGUGCUCGCUUGGACAGGGGGUUGAGCGUUUCGGAUUCGCCGCAGCGAUAUUCGGGGCGGAAGGAAGACAUGCCAGGGACCUAACCCCUUCAGCCACGGGUGUUACCCAAGUGAGCCUGUCCGUACCAAGGUUCCUCUGUCCCAGAGUAGUGUGGGUUCCCUAGGACAACUGUUCUUAAAGUGUGAGGAUGGCCUCCCACGGAGGGUCUCCCGAUUAUCAUAGGAGACACAAGCUCCUCCUGGGGAUGUGUUGAGCUUUGGACCAGGAGAUCCAUGACUUUCCUAUUCCCAAGAUUUCCCCCCGCCCACUGUCAUACAGGAGUCCUAGCUUUUGUGUUCAUAAGGGAGCACUGUUGGUCAGCGUAAAUGUAAUUUUUUUUUUGCUGAAUCCCUUACAUGCUGCCGGACUGCGUGAUUCUUAUCCCCACCCCCCACCCCCACCCGGCUUGAAUCCUUUCUGCCUCUGGACAAGAGUGCUUGCAACUUGGAUGGACUUUUACCUUUCCCUUCCCACUCUAAAGGCAUCACCGCAUCCUGAACCUCCGACUGCCGGGUUUGAAUCCUGGCCAUGAGUACACAUGAGUCAGGUUCAAAAGAUUCUCAAAAUCCUCCCAGAAUGUCAGCUCCCGAGGCCCCCCUAGGGAAAGCGAGGCCCGCUAACCCGACUGAAAAUCCAUUUUAAGUUUGUAGCUGUAGCUGUCCCCAGUGUUGCUUAUACCGAGACAUGAAAAGGUUUGAAAACUUAAUUUAGGAACCCCCCCGGCUUUAACCGUUGUGAUGUUUCCCAAUCAAGCACUUUUAAAAAGCAUCCUAAAACAAAAAAAACAAACACAUCCUGCUAAAAAAAAGGUGCAAGGUUUAACCAGCAAAAAUAGUUUCCUUCAGCGCCCCCGACCCCCGGUUUCUUAGCUUUAGACCAAAGGCUGGAAUUCUGUUUCUUCUUUCUUUUUGGUUUGCAAUCACGAGGACUAGACACUAAUUUUUAAAAGAAGCAGCUAAAUUGUCACAAUCUUUGCUUAUUUACUGGUGGAGCCCAAUUGGCUCACAGACAACACACUGCCCGUAGACGGCACAAUAGUCAUGUCUGCUGUAGGAUCUCUGAUACUCUGUGGGGACUUAACUGCUUGUCUAAUUGUAGGUUUUGCGACAUGGUUAACUCAAGCACUUUUGGUUAGAGUGGAAGGUAGGUUGCUUUUGAUUGGAGGCGCUGCUCGUUUUUCACCUUCACUUUUUUUUCCUUCCCAGAAGAAGGCACGUUUUCACUUUGUUUCUAUUUGCAAGCCAGAAACGCUUUCAUCACUAACAAAUGUCGUCUCUGAAAAUCGGGUUGAACGGUUGAAAGGAUGCAUUUGCCUUCUUGUAAACAGGUUCACCUCUUGGGGGGAAGUUUUUCACCGUCAGGGCAACUUCGAACCAGCCAUCUUGGCGAAGAGAGAGUUCCGAUUUUCGUAACGUUCGAUAAAUUCCUCUUUUGCGCUCGGGUAUGUGGGCUGGCGGGAGGGUCAGCUCUGGGGUAGAUCCAGGCUUGUAUGUCCGUGUUUCAAGUGAAGUCUCCCGAAAUGCUGAGCUUGUUCAGGGGGGUGGUUUUUUGGGAAGUCACCUGAGUUUAUCCAUAGUAAAAUAAGCUGUUGAAGAAUAAGCUGGAAAGGAACAGCAUCCAGUGGUGGCGAACCUUUGGCACUCCA